AUGAAAGCGCCGGGUUGGCGCCCCACUUUCAAGUGCUUCCACUGGACCUUAUCGUUGGCUGGCGCACUUCUCUGCUUAAUAAUCAUGUUCAUCAGCAACUGGAAGUUUGCGAUCUUGGCGAUUGCAAUGGGCGUGGUCGUCUACAAGUAUAUCGAACUAAAAGGCGCUGAAAAAGAAUGGGGCGAUGGAUUGUAAGGACUGAAAUUGUCAGCAGCUAGAUAUGUGCUGUUAUCGGCCAGUCAGGGGCAAGAACAUCAUUCUAGGAAUUGGCGGCCACAGUUGUUGGUGCUGUAUGCACAUAAGAUGUUUUACUGCGAGCAAGAGGAUCUGGAUGCGAGGAGAAGACGAUUUGCUCGGAUUUGUCAGUCAAUUGAACGCUGGAAAAGGGCUCAGAGUAGUGAUCGAUUGUAUUGAAGGAGUUUAUGGACAAAAGGCAAAGGAGGCUUGUGUAAGUCUGGGGCAUGAAAACUUUAGUUGACAAUUUGCAAGCGUUGGAAAUGGCUAAAUUUGAAUUUUUUUUGUCUCGCACUGUGCAGGGGCAGUCGAAGUACUAAACGAUUUUUGUCGGUAAGACAGUAAAGUAUCAUGCCCCUAUUCCAACCCUAGAGGCUUAAGACCGAGAUUUUUGAAUCGAAAGUUGAAAAAAUACCAGUUCAUGCGAAAAUUCGAAAAAAAUGUAGAAUUUUUGCAUGAAACUUUCAUGCCUAUUUCUGGCAUAGAGGGUAGUGUUUCCACAAAAAGAAUAAUUUUUCCGUUCAAAACUGGCUAAAAAAGCAUUCUUCUAUCUUUCCGCUCCUAGCGUUUGCGUGACCUAUAAGAGAGCAGUGAAUAUCUCGACUAUUCCUGCAAAGCGCGACCUAAAAUUUCGUGAAAAGCAAUUUGGUUUUGCCGCGACGCAAUUCAUUUUCUCUUCGGCGAUGCGAAUUUCAAUGCGACAGAGUGUUCGUUGUUUUCCCUACAGACUGAAAGAAAAAAAGCAAUUUGAAUUGAACUCCUAAUCUCAACCGUUCCAGUCCGAACGUCAAGCCCUUCUCAUCCAACUGCAAGAACACAAAAUCAAAGGCUUUGCGGAGGUGAUCGUUGCCGAAAACUAUAACGCCGGCGUCGAUUCACUUGUUCAAACCUCCACACUCGGAGACCUUCGACAUAACACCGUUUGCUGGCCCAACAAAUGGACCUCCUCCAAGUCCACGAACGAAGCCAACCGCUUCGUCAGCGUUUUGUGCAGCAUUGCGACCGCGAAAUGCGCAAUUCUAGAACAUCCGCAACUUCCCCGAAUCGAGCGAGAAAUUGACCGGCACUGCGGAUGUCUGGUGGAUUGUGCAUGA